AAUCAGAUCUCGUGCCACCCGCAAAUCUUUGAUUUGAGCCAAUCCUGGCACGCGUUGCCCGUUCCGACCAGACGAACGCCACAGGAUGCAGGAAGCAUCCUCGUUGCAUUUGCCAGGUGUCGCCAUGGACGACCAGAUCCAGGAGCUUGUCCGUAGCAUCUACGCUGGCAGCGCCACGUCAGUCGUCUUUGAGGCCAUGGACGUCGGUGUCCUCUCCAACGUCGUUCAUGUCACCGUGACGCUGCCGACGCGCGUCGAGCACUUGAUCGCCAAGUUCCCGCGCCCCGAGUUCCCGAUGAUGCACGCCAUGUUUGCGGUCGAAGCGGCCUUUUACACGCGCACCGACAAGGCGAAAGUUCCGUUCCAGCUUCCACCGCUUUUGUCGGCCUCGGCGGACGCAAUCGUCCUUCAAAAGCUCGCCAACGUCACCUCGUACUCGUGCUACGACGGGUGCCCACCAGCGCGCGUGCUGUCGAUUCUCAUGCAGCUCGCCACGCUGCACGCCGCGUACUGGGGCCAGUCGUUUCCGGAGCUGGCGGCGAUUCCAGGCAUUGGCGCCAACUUGAGCGUGCAAGAAAAGCAGACGCACUUUUGUACGCGCUACGCACCGUUCUAUGCCGACCUCGGACUGCCGCCGACGACGCGCGCCGAGCUCGACCACCUCUGCAGCACCCUCGCGCAGGGCACGCGACUCACGCGCCUCCACGAAGCGGUAGAAAGCUGGCACAAGACACUCAUCCACGGGGACUUACACGUGGCCAACAUGCUCUUUGAUGACCAUCACAUUGUGCUCUUGGACUGGGCCACGUGCGGCAGUAGCAACCCGCUGCGGGACGUCGCCUUCUUCUUUACCGUUAGCGUCACGCGCGCGGUGCGAGAAGCCGUGGAAGCGCCGAGUCUCCGCGCCUACGCGACGACUUUGGCCGACGCGAUUCCUGCUCUGUCGAUCGAGGCCAUCGAGACCAUGUACUACCUCUGCGUCCUCAACCAGUUUGUGAUCCUCGUUGGCUACAAUGCGCUCACGAUGAGUCUCGCGACUCUCGGAUCGACGCCGGCCAAGCAAGCGCAGCUCCGAGAUGGCUUCCUCGAGACCAACAAGCGCAGCUGCGCCGCCGCGCUACACGCGUUCCAAAUGCUCGCCCAGCACGCUUUGUUUCAAUAAAUACUGGAAAACAUGGUCGGGUUUGGGGCUCGAAGUGGG